AUUGGCGUGUGGAAAAUGCCACCAGAUGGCGGGUUAGGAUUGCAGCUCCGUUGAAGGCGCGGCCCCCGCUCCCGAACCCCCGGCGACCACCCCGUAACAACCCCCCCACAUCGGGAAUAACACACCGGAGACUUUUGGGGGGAAACUAGGUCGACGGCCGGCGGCGCCCGGAUGGGCAGCUGAGGAUUGCCUUUGAGGUUGUUUUAAAAGUUUUUGAGUUGUACAGCACUUGAUUAUUUUGCUGCAUUGUGAAAGGACCUCUCCAGCAAUGAUUACUUCAGAAUUACCAGUGUUACAGGAUUCAACUAAUGAAACUACUGCCCAUUCCGAUGCUGGCAGCGAACUUGAAGAAACAGAGGUCAAAGGAAAAAGAAAAAGGGGUCGUCCUGGCCGGCCUCCAUCUACAAAUAAGAAACCUCGAAAAUCUCCAGGUGAGAAGAGCAGAAUUGAAGCUGGAAUUAGAGGAGCAGGCCGUGGAAGAGCUAAUGGGCACCCUCAACAGAAUGGUGAAGGGGAGCCUGUCACAUUAUUUGAGGUGGUGAAACUGGGGAAAAGUGCAAUGCAGUCCGUGGUGGAUGACUGGAUUGAAUCAUAUAAACAAGACAGGGACAUCGCACUUCUGGAUUUAAUCAACUUUUUUAUCCAGUGUUCAGGAUGUCGAGGUACUGUGAGAAUAGAGAUGUUUCGAAAUAUGCAGAAUGCAGAAAUCAUCAGAAAAAUGACUGAAGAAUUUGAUGAGGACAGUGGUGAUUAUCCUCUUACUAUGCCUGGACCUCAGUGGAAAAAAUUUCGUUCAAACUUUUGUGAAUUUAUUGGAGUCCUGAUUCGACAGUGUCAGUAUAGCAUAAUUUAUGAUGAGUAUAUGAUGGACACAGUAAUCUCCCUUUUGACGGGUUUGUCAGACUCCCAGGUCAGAGCUUUUAGGCAUACAAGUACCCUGGCUGCCAUGAAGCUCAUGACUGCUCUGGUGAAUGUUGCCUUAAACCUCAGUAUUCAUCAGGAUAAUACCCAGAGACAGUAUGAAGCUGAGAGAAAUAAAAUGAUUGGGAAGAGAGCCAAUGAAAGGUUGGAGUUACUACUUCAGAAACGCAAAGAGCUACAAGAAAAUCAGGAUGAAAUCGAAAAUAUGAUGAACUCUAUUUUUAAGGGUAUAUUUGUUCAUAGAUACCGUGAUGCUAUUGCUGAGAUUAGAGCCAUUUGUAUUGAAGAAAUUGGAGUGUGGAUGAAAAUGUAUAGUGAUGCCUUCCUAAAUGACAGUUACCUAAAAUAUGUUGGCUGGACUCUUCAUGACAGGCAAGGGGAAGUCAGGCUGAAGUGUUUGAAAGCUCUACAGAGUCUAUAUACCAAUAGAGAAUUAUUCCCCAAAUUGGAACUAUUCACUAACCGAUUCAAGGAUCGCAUUGUAUCAAUGACACUUGAUAAAGAAUAUGAUGUUGCUGUGGAAGCUAUUCGAUUGGUUACUCUGAUACUUCAUGGAAGUGAAGAAGCUCUUUCCAAUGAAGACUGUGAAAAUGUUUACCACUUGGUGUACUCAGCACAUCGCCCUGUUGCUGUGGCAGCUGGAGAGUUCCUUCACAAAAAGCUAUUUAGCAGACAUGACCCACAAGCAGAAGAAGCGUUAGCAAAGAGGAGGGGAAGAAAUAGCCCGAAUGGAAACCUCAUUAGGAUGCUGGUUCUUUUCUUUCUUGAAAGUGAGUUACAUGAACAUGCAGCCUACUUGGUGGACAGUUUAUGGGAGAGCUCUCAAGAACUGUUGAAAGACUGGGAAUGUAUGACAGAGUUGCUAUUAGAAGAACCUGUUCAGGGAGAGGAAGCAAUGUCUGAUCGUCAAGAGAGUGCUCUUAUAGAGCUAAUGGUUUGUACAAUUCGUCAAGCUGCUGAGGCACAUCCUCCGGUGGGAAGGGGUACUGGCAAGAGAGUGCUAACUGCCAAAGAAAGGAAAACUCAAAUUGAUGAUAGAAACAAAUUGACUGAACAUUUUAUUAUUACACUUCCUAUGUUACUGUCAAAGUAUUCUGCAGAUGCAGAGAAGGUAGCAAACUUGCUACAAAUCCCACAGUAUUUUGAUUUAGAAAUCUACAGCACAGGUAGAAUGGAAAAGCAUCUGGAUGCUUUAUUAAAACAGAUUAAGUUUGUUGUGGAGAAACAUGUAGAAUCAGAUGUUCUAGAAGCCUGCAGUAAAACCUAUAGCAUCUUAUGCAGUGAAGAAUAUACCAUCCAGAACAGAGUUGACAUAGCUCGAAGCCAGCUGAUUGAUGAGUUUGUAGAUCGAUUCAAUCAUUCUGUGGAAGACCUAUUGCAAGAGGGAGAAGAAGCUGAUGAUGAUGAUAUUUACAAUGUUCUUUCUACAUUAAAGCGGUUGACUUCUUUUCACAAUGCACAUGAUCUCACAAAAUGGGAUCUCUUUGGUAAUUGCUACAGAUUAUUGAAGACUGGAAUUGAACAUGGAGCCAUGCCAGAACAGAUAGUCGUGCAAGCACUGCAGUGUUCCCAUUACUCGAUUCUUUGGCAGUUGGUGAAAAUUACUGAUGGUUCUCCUUCCAAAGAGGAUUUGUUGGUAUUGAGGAAAACAGUGAAAUCCUUUUUGGCUGUUUGCCAGCAGUGCCUGUCUAAUGUUAAUACUCCAGUGAAAGAACAGGCUUUCAUGUUACUCUGUGAUCUUCUGAUGAUUUUCAGCCAUCAAUUAAUGACAGGUGGCAGAGAGGGCCUUCAGCCUUUGGUGUUUAAUCCAGAUACUGGACUCCAGUCUGAACUCCUCAGUUUUGUGAUGGAUCACGUUUUUAUUGACCAAGACGAGGAGAACCAGAGCAUGGAGGGUGAUGAAGAAGAUGAAGCUAAUAAAAUUGAGGCCUUACAUAAAAGAAGGAAUCUACUUGCUGCUUUCAGCAAACUUAUCAUUUAUGACAUUGUUGACAUGCAUGCAGCUGCAGACAUCUUCAAACACUACAUGAAGUAUUACAAUGACUAUGGUGAUAUUAUUAAGGAAACACUGAGUAAAACCAGGCAGAUUGAUAAAAUUCAGUGUGCCAAGACUCUCAUUCUCAGUUUGCAACAGUUAUUUAAUGAACUUGUUCAAGAGCAAGGUCCCAACCUAGAUAGGACAUCUGCCCAUGUCAGUGGCAUUAAAGAACUGGCACGUCGCUUUGCCCUUACAUUUGGAUUGGACCAGAUUAAGACACGAGAAGCAGUUGCCACACUUCACAAGGAUGGCAUAGAGUUUGCAUUUAAAUACCAAAAUCAGAAAGGACAAGAGUAUCCACCUCCUAAUCUGGCUUUUCUUGAAGUACUAAGUGAAUUUUCUUCUAAACUUCUUCGACAGGACAAAAAGACGGUUCAUUCAUACCUAGAGAAAUUCCUUACCGAGCAGAUGAUGGAAAGGAGGGAAGAUGUAUGGCUUCCACUCAUCUCCUAUAGAAAUUCAUUAGUCACUGGGGGUGAAGAUGAUAGAAUGUCUGUGAACAGUGGAAGUAGCAGCAGCAAAACCUCAUCAGUAAGGAAUAAGAAAGGACGACCUCCACUUCAUAAAAAACGAGUAGAAGAUGAGAGUCUGGAUAACACAUGGCUAAACAGGACUGACACCAUGAUUCAGACCCCUGGCCCCCUGCCAGCACCACAACUCACAUCCACUGUACUGCGGGAGAACAGCCGGCCCAUGGGAGACCAGAUUCAAGAACCUGAGUCUGAACAUGGUUCUGAACCAGACUUUUUACACAAUCGGGGUCUAAUGGAGGAAGAUGCUGAGCCCAUCUUUGAAGAUGUGAUGAUGUCAUCCCGAAGCCAGUUAGAAGAUAUGAAUGAAGAAUUUGAAGACACCAUGGUUAUUGAUCUGCCUCCAUCAAGAAAUCGGCGAGAGAGAGCUGAGCUAAGGCCAGACUUCUUUGACUCUGCAGCUAUCAUAGAAGAUGAUUCAGGAUUUGGAAUGCCUAUGUUCUGAAGUCUGAAGAAAAUUUACAAAUCUGGAACUCUAUUAUUUAGAGCUAGAGGCCUAUAUACUGUGAUAGCUUGUAUGGGGAAAAACACUUUUGAUGUGAUCUGAUUUGUUUUUUAAUCAAAUGAUUAAGGUCAAUCCCUUUUUGCAGUGACACAAGAGGAGCAUGUAAAUUACCCAAGGGAAUGUUGGUGAAUGUCAACUCAGAAAGACUGACCUGAAAAUCAUUUGUGUCCUACUAUUGGACUUAUCCCAAUACAGAUGUGUGUGUUUUUCUGGAGGGAGGAAGAAAUUUUAAAUUUUUAAAACAGCUGUCAAGAUAAACACUGUUAUACACCUGUUUUAUGAAAACUCAACACUGAGUAAAAAAAAAAAAUAUUUUUAACUUUAUUUUCCUGUUGUACAAUUUAAAAACCGUUUUAACAUUUUGCCUUUUUAUGUUUUAAAAGCUAACCAUUUUUAUUAAACCUAUGAGUAAGCAGCUCAUCCUAAUUGCCGAAGAGUGUUUUGGAGCUCACUGGAUUUGGUUGACCUUUGUGGAACACAAAUAAUGAAGGAGCAGAACAUUGACAAGCUAAGAUGAAAUUCUGACAUAGUGCAUCUCUGCCAAAAACCACACACCCUCUGUGGAUAUGCAUAUGAAAUUCCCAGAUUUUAUAUACUCUUGAAUAAAAAGGUUUAUUUUUAUUUAUAAGUGGGCAUAAAAUAAGAAAUGUCCAUGCAGCCAUUUUUCCAACAGAUGCUGUACACCAUUCAUUUUAUAUAGACUAGGGAGAUUCAAAUACAGUGCAUUUUCUAUUGGUAUUUGUUCUGUGCAUUUUUAGCAACUUCUACCAGCAAAUAAAGUAUUCUCAGUAAAAUGAAAAUGAUUCUCAAGUUAUCAGUUUGCUGUUUUUACCACUUAUUUCAUGCCCUGCCAAAUUUAAGUUACACAGACUUCCAUUUUCUUAAGAUAAUCAUGAAGAAAUCCUUUAUCAUUCGAAAGUAAUUUUAAGUGUAACAUAACUGUGUCUACUUCCCAUGCACUUAAUACCCUUAUGCGCUAAUUUUGUGAAUUAAGUUUACUGAUUAUAGAAGUAUGUGCUGCAUAGAAGUCUGUGCUUAGAGGGUGAAGUUCCUAAGCUUACCUUGAAUUACAGCUACAUUUCAGUGUUAAAUGUGCAUAUUAAGAAUAAUUCUUUUGGGGAAAGAAAUUAUGAAUCUUCAGGACAGUCUACAAUGGUUUAGAGUUGCAUUCUGCCUAGACUUUUAUGACUUGCUGCUAUUGUUUUAAAAACCCCACUUAGUUUCUUCCUUUCAGAUUUCUAAAGUAAGCCUCAGAAUUUCCAAACCAAUCCAUCCACAGCUGUUUCUGGGCUGGUUUUUAAAGUAGUUGCAACAGAAUCAUGAGGCUUUCCCUUUUUUAUCAAAUACAAAAAACAUUUUUAAAAAUUCUGCACACCCAGUGAUCAUCUUUUGUGCGGGAAAGCAAGAUGGAUGAUUUUAUUCAUCCUUUUAGUAAAGACACAAAACAGAUUUUUCUCAACAUUUGUACAGUUCUGAAAAAACCUGGUCACCAAAAUGUUUUCUCUGCUAAUUCAGCAAUUCUUGGGCACCAGUUAGGGGAGCUGGGGCCUCAUUUUCUCCCAGAAUUGUGGGCUUCACUGGAAGUGAAGGCGCAGGAAUGACUGGACUGUCCACCCCAGCCCUGCCUGCCUGUGGUUUUGGCCGGGGAGCAAGCCAUGAGGUGCCCUGGCACAUGCACAAACUGAUCCUUUGUGUGACAGUCUUGUAUGGAAAACAGAUGCUGACAGAAUUGUAGACUACCAUGCCACACAAAAAGGCUAAAUAUCUACUCCAAUGGGUUUCCAGUUCAGUUUGAAGUCAAUCAAAUUUUUGUAUUUUCGGUGUCUCCUUGAUUGGUUUUGCUAGUAAUUCUGUAAAUUGUACAUUUGCAAUAUGAGGUUUUUUUCCUUUUGUACAAUUUGAAACUGAUGCUUCACCUUUCCUUUAAUAAACUAUUCAAAAUCA